ACUUCAGCUCUACAUUUUUCUAAACCCCUCCAAUUUGCAGUCGUUCAAGCAUGUUUGCCGGUUUGUUCGGAGCAGUCCAGUCGAUCUCGCGGCCCGCGCUGUUUGGCCCGCAGACAUCUGCAGUGCGCACCAUGGCCAAGCUGAAGACGCACAAGGCCUCAGCCAAGCGGUGGAAGGCGGUCGCCAACGGCCUGUUCCAGCGCCAGCAGCAGGGCCUUCGCCACUUCAACCGUCGUCUGACGCCCGGUGCCCGCCGCGCAAAGCACGUCCCCAUGCUGUGCACGCCGGCCCAGAGAUGGCACCUGCAGCGCCUGAUGCCCAACGCCAAAUAAAAUAGUACGCUUUGAAUAUAUCUUUAGCUGUUGAAGAUGCGAGAGUACAGUCGGUCGUGCAUGCCCUGAUACAGCUCCAGCAUGGGAU